AUGGCGGAGGCAAAAAGGUCACUAGAUUACUGGAGGAAAAUUUUUAGCUGCACGAGAUCAGACAUAUUCGAGGUGAUCAACAAAGCAAUUCUCGUGGCUGCUGAAGAUUUCCCCAAUGAAUUUAAGGAUCGAAGGGAUAUGAUUGUGGAGAAGCUUUACACCUGUCAUCUUUCUCACAAUAAUGGCGAUGCUGAAUCUCUCAAGGAGGCGAAGAAAAGCUCCAACUCCGACAACCCCGAGGAGGAUGAUCAAAUAGUUGGAGAGGUGAUGAGGAUAAAGGAGGUGAUCUUGUCUAGCAAUCAAUUACAUGAGUCUGAAUCAGAUUCUAUCUUGUAUGAAUCGCUGAGGACUCUACGACAAAUGCAAUUAUCUUUUGAUGUGUUAAAGACAACUAAAAUUGAAAGAACAGUGCGUGCUAUGCGAAAGCAUAAGUCCAGCAGGAUUCAAAAACUUGCUCAAAGUCUCAUUAAUAGCUGGAGAGUGUUGGCUGAUGAACAUGUUAAUUCUGCAGCAUCAAUUACAAAUAAGGUUACAAUCAAUUUUGGAUUAGGCUGCUCAUCAAAACAAACAUUUGAACAAAAACCAACCAUUCAUUCAUCCGUUGGAGUGAAAAGAAAGCAGCUUGAUUGA